UAAUAAAAAAAAAGUUCCUUUUUAUCAUGUGACGUUGCGUUGUCAGUCAAAUGUCAAACUUUUAAUUCGCACGAUUAAAGAUAUAAAUAAAUUUAUUUACCUGCUAUUUAAAAAAAUAAAUCUAAAAAAUAUUUCACGUUAUUUUUGCAAUUUAAAGUUUCAAGUAUUUGUGGGCCAAUAGUAAAAACCCAGAAGAUGCAACUGACAUCAGAUCCACGGCGCGCAGACCGCGAGCGUCGUUAUAAACCUCCACCACCUACUUCUGCCCCAUCUGAAGAUUUGACAACAGAUUACAUGAAUAUACUAAGUAUGAUAUUCUCAAUGUGUGGAUUGAUGAUGCGCUUGAAAUGGUGUGCCUGGACUGCAAUCUUUUGCUCAAGCAUAAGUGUUGCAAAUGCAAGAGUUUCUGAUGAUACAAAACAGAUUGUGAGUUCAUUUAUGCUGUCAAUUUCUGCUGUGGCUAUGUCUUAUCUCCAAAAUCCUGCCCCCAUGUCUCCACCGUGGGCUUCUUUAAUGACAUAGCAAAUUUCUCCUACUUUAUUGUUAAUAAAUAUUGUAACUUAUGAGGUUAUGUAAUAAAUUUAAUUUAUAUCAAUAUUUUAAUUUUUUCUAAGUUGAAAAUUAUUAAUCACUUUGCCGAUUAUAAGGCUAGGAAUGUUUCAAUGCUGUUAGUUUUUAUAUUAAAAUAAG